AUGAUGAUUGCAAAUUCAGUAGUCGAUUUGUUAUUUGCCGUCAAUACUAUGAUUACUAUGGCGGUAAGGGUUUAAACAUAAUGCGUAUAGCAAAGUAUGGUGUGGUAGACAUGAUGCUUGUAAGAGUAAAAACUGAACAAUGUAAGAGAAGAUUAUGGUAGAGAUAAAGCAAAGUAAGGGUAUAGUAUUGUAAAGGUACAGUGGGAGAGAUACAACAUAUCAUGGAGAAGGGUAGGACAGGGUAGGAUAGGGUAGGGUAGGGUAGGGUAGGGUAGGGUAGGGUAGGGUAGGGUAGGGUAAGGUAGGGUAAGGUAGGGUAGGGUAGGGUAGGGUAGGGUAGGGUAGGGUAGGGUAGAGUAGGGUAGGGUAGGGUAGGGUAGGGUAGGGUAGGGUAGGGUAGGGUAGGGUAGGGUAGGGUAGGGUAGGGUAGGGUAGGGUAGGGUAGGGUAGGGUAGGGUAGGGUAGGGUAGGGUAGGGUAGGGUAGGGUACGGUACGGUACGGUACGGUAUAAUACGGUGGGGUACGGUAGGGUAGAAAAAACCAUUUUAGAACUUAUUUUUUACCUUUCAGAGCGUCUGCUUCGGCCCCCAACUAGUCUACGUAAUAACCGACAACCCUCUAUACCCAAAAACCUACUUAGCUUCUCUAAUUGGUAUUGGCUCACACCUUUUCCUAAUGUUCCUCAGCGUUUCCAUGUUACCUUUAAAGUUUAUUUACCGUUAUGGUGUGAUGAGAAAUCGACCGUUUUCAAACAUACAGCUGUUUGGCAUGUUCAUGGUGUCGUUUAUGCUUGGUGCGCUUCAUGGUGGAGCUUGUCCGUUUACGUUUACCCCAAGAUCUGCCUACUAUGAUGAGAUAUUGAAAAAAUCUCUAGAGAAUCCAAAUGCUGUGGUUAAUGGGUAUUUGGUUGGGGAGGUGGUGAGUUUUUAUAAAAUUUAUUUUUAUGAAUUUUUUGGUCGAUUUUUUGAUUAUUUUUUGAUAUUUUCUUACGAAUUUUGGCAGUUCUACACAUUUUUUAACUAAAAAAUUUAAAUUAAAAAAAUCUUUAAAAAAAUUUUUUGAAAAAAGUUAAACUUGAUCCUCCCUGUGGAUUCUUUCGACCCUCGUCUCCAGAUCAAAAGUCUCUGCUCGGCGCUGUCUGCAAGAUUUUAAGCGUUUUUCCAUCUAUUCUACAAACUUUUGGACCAAAAAACUAAAAAAUAAAAUUGAUAUUUAUAUAUUGACCAAAGUCUAAUUUCAAUUUAAAAUUUCAGCACGAAUUCAAUGCCAUGGCAAUGCACUUUAGUAAUGUGUUUGUAAUAAUGGCGAUAAGUUACACUUUUAUCAUUCUCAUGAUUUACUUGUCGAAACAAACUGUCACUUUGCAAAAGAAUGAAAUGAUGACAAAGCAAACGGCUGCGGUUCAGCGACAAAUCACACGAAUCAUCUAUUUUCAGGUUUGUUAGGGCUAAAGAUUUGAUUUUUAAGCCUAUAGAACCAAUUUUUAUGUUUAAAAAAUAGUUUUUAAACCUAAAAAAAUAUUUUUUAAGCUUAAAAAUUUAUUUUUUAAGCCUAAAGAUGUAAUUUUUUAAGCCUGACACGACAGUUUCACUAAAUAGUAUUUGGAUUUUCAAACGAGAUAUAGUAUUUUAUGUAACAAAAAAUGAAAAAAUGGCAUUUUUAGUAAACAGUAAAAAAAAUUUUUGAAAAAAUGUGUAUUUCGACAAUUUUAAGGCUGAAAUAAGGCUAGAGGGGCAGUUUUAGUAUAUAAAACACAGUUGCACCAGAUAUCUCUCAUGGUUUAGAACAAUGCCUAUAUAUAAGCUUAAAAAACAUAAAAAGUUAUCAAGACAAUCAUUUUUAAAAACUGCUAAAUGGCUUUGUCUAGCGAGCUAUUAGCUGUCAAAAAAAGAUCUAUUUCAUUAUAUACUGAAGGCAGAAAAUUUUGACCCCUUAUCUAACUUGGCUAUGAAUGAACCGAUCGGGGCCAAACCUGGUUUAUGUACUCAUAAAGUACGAGGGACUUUUUUGGUAUAAUAAAGUUUCAAUCGGUCUGUGACAUUUCGUUUUAAUUAAAAUUUUUUUUUGGCGGAGACUUUUUCUGUGGACCAUGGGUUUAUUGGCCUGGCCCGUUACACGUAAACAAAACUUAGGCUGAGCCGGCUUGAGGUGAAAAUAAACACGAGCCGUGCUUCACUCUCGGGCCCCAGGCCGGGCCUCAAAAGUGGCCCGGUACGUUUUUUACGGUCUAGUUUUAACCAUUUUUGCUAGCCUAACAAUAUUUUAAUAAAAAAAAUCAAGUCGUUUUUUGCUUUUAUUUACUAUGGUAUAUAGGCCUCGUUCGAAAGCUGCAACUUUGUAGUAAAAUCCAUUUUUUAAGCCUUAGACAACUGCAAAACUAAUAGUUUUGGCAUUCUCAACAACUACCUGUUAGUACAAACCUUAGUAUCGUCAUAGUGCUAAGAAGUUCAAAACACUUUACACUAUUUUAAAUUUCAGGCGUUGUAUCCGGUAUUUGUAAUUGGUUUCCCAUGCCUUUUGUUUCCAAUCUUCGUCGUACAAGGAAAGACCGUGCCGUACAUUGGCGAAUGGGCAAUGUUCUCAAUGCACACGCCUCCAUUAGUGAACUCAUUGGCCGUGAUACUAUGUGUGCCUAGUUAUCGACGCUUCGUUGUACAUCCGUUUAAGUCAUCUCGAAUCGACACUAGUGUAAUGCCAGCUCAAUCGGUGGUCGAUUUUGGAAGACAAUAA